AUGUUGUCCGCCACCCGCCGCCUUACGCGCUCGUUGCGUCGCCCUUCCCCCCUGGGACGUCGCCUGGAGUCCUCGUUCGCCCCCAUCACGGAGCUUUCCGAGGAGGAGACCAUGUUCAAGGACACUGUGGCCCGAUUCGCGGCCGACGUAGUGGCGCCUAAUGUCCGUGCCAUGGACACAGCGGGGGAGAUGGACCACACCAUCACGCGCGGACUGUUUGAGAAUGGACUUCUGUCGGUGGAGAUCCCAGGGGAAUACGGAGGCAGCGAGGCCUCAUUCAUGAGUCUCUGCUUGACCAUCGAGGAGCUGUCCAAAGUGGAUCCGGUGGUUGGACUGCUUGUGGAUCUUCAGAAUACUGUCGUGAAUAACGUCUUCCUGGUGCAUGGCACGGAGGAGCAGAAGGAAAAGUAUUUGCCGAGGCUUAGCACGGACAUGAUUGGCAGCUUCUGUCUGACUGAGGCCGGAUCUGGGAGUGAUGCGUUCGCACUGAAGACGCGGGCGGAGGCCUCUGCAGAUGGCAGCUAUUAUUCCAUCACGGGCCAGAAGAUGUGGAUCUCCAAUGCUGAGUACUCCGGAGUGUACCUGGUGUUUGCUAAUGUGGAUCCGUCCAAGGGCUACAAGGGCAUCACGUGCUUCAUCGUGGACCGAGACACUGAAGGACUGGAGAUCGGUAAACCCGAGGAAAAGCUGGGCAUCCGCGCAUCGUCGACGUGUCCCGUCACUCUGACGGACGUGAAGGUACCGAAGGAGAACAUUCUGGGAGAAUUGGGCAAAGGAUACAAGAUCGCUAUCGGAACGUUGAAUGAAGGACGUAUCGGCAUCGCGUCGCAGAUGUUGGGGCUUGCACAGGGAGUCUACGACCAGACAAUGCCGUACUUGUUCGAUCGCCAGCAGUUUGGCUCGCCAAUUGGAGAGUUCCAGGCGAUGCAACACCAGUACGCAGAAGCAGCACUCGAUAUCGAGACGGCGCGAUUGCUGGUGUACAAUGCUGCGCGUCUCAAGGAUGCCGGCCAACCGUUCGUAAAACAGGCUGCUAUGGCAAAACUUCAUGCCUCGCGUGUAGCAGAGAAGACGGCAUCCAAGUGCAUUGAGAUGCUUGGAGGCAUUGGUUUUACCAAGUACUUACUUGCGGAGAAAUUCUACCGUGAUGCAAAGAUCGGAGCUAUUUACGAAGGUACCAGCAACAUGCAGCUUACAACGAUCGCGAAACUCGUCUCCGAAGAGUACAAGAAGUAA